UUACAAGAGGGGUAAGUGUGAAUGAACUUAAUUGAGGGAGACAGACACACAGAAUAGAACUAGAAACAGCAAUGGCGUCGGGAGCGUCAACACCGCCGUAUCCAAGCGCUGCUAGAAUCUCCGAUUCUCAGUGUUAUCCUCAGUACACCGCCUCUUUAAAGUGUCUGGAAGAAAAUAACUCGGAGAAGAUCAAAUGCCAAGAACAUUUUGAUAUUUACAAAGAGUGCAAGAAAAAGGAGAGGUUAGCUCGAUUGGAGCGCAACAAGACUAGGUCACUUUUCUCUUGAAACUCUUUUUGGGAUCUUCCGCUCGUAUCAUAAGGCACAAAAGUUAUUUUUGAGCUCAUUAGGAGUGGCAUUAGAUUUAUAGAGUGCUAUACUUGAUACUGAGACAAUAAUAGAACUGGCUCAAUUCUUUGUUAUUUAGAAGCUCAGAAUUUGCUUUUCAUUUGUGACGAGUGAUUUAGAUUGUCUGCAAACAAUGUUAGACAUGGUUUUCACUUCCAAGUCUGGACAGUUGGUGUUUAUUGUGUAGUAUGUAUCUCAUCUUCAUUGCAGAGUUUUCACAAGAAAAGAAAUAAAAAAAACAGCUUGAUCA